AUGGCUACGUUUGUCCCCUAUUUGAUUGCACUCUACUCCUUGAGUUCAGUCCAUGCUCAGUUACAGAUGGCAAUCGACAGGGUUGAUCAGGCGUCCGCGGUAGAGGACGACCUUCUACUGCCCAGAAAUACUGCUGAAUGCCCUGUUGACGGAAAUAAUAAUCUAUCUCCUUCAUGCAGUAAAUACAACGCUCAGUUGCUCGGAGGUUGUUUUUGUAAAUGUGGCAGACCCGCAGGGGAAAAGUACACUUUCUUUGAACCGACCAAUUCUUGCUUGAAGGUCAGCUUGGCUCGUCAGAGAUCAGGUAACUUAGUUUCAUUUGGUGCGCUUACUUACAUUACCUUUUAAUUAAUGUCUUCUCAUUAAUUUAAGUUACAAAGUUUGCAAAAUAUUAACUAUCAGAUUGUCCCAGGUGACAAUCAAAUGUCAAAAGGAAGAUCGAUUUAGCUAGUAUUCAAUUUGGUGUUGUUAAUUAGCCAGAACGUAUGUUUCGCGGAGUCAAUUUCUAGAAUCGUGAAAUCCGUUAAUUAAUACAAAGGCUACGAUAUAUAUUUCCUUUUGAGUUAACUUGCUAUUGUAGAAAAUGAUUGCGUGGGAAUGGAUUUUAUUGAUGGUAGAGCUAUUAUGUCAAAAUUUGGCCCUUGGUCUGUUGCUAUUGGUCUGCCAAGCAUGCAGCAGUCAAGUGAAAUUUAAAAUAUGUAGAUCAAAUUUAGCUUUAAUUUUUCUCUCAAACGCAUGACAAUCUUCAGUCACCGAGUAGUGUUAUUGAAAUUCUCUAGGAGCUUCCUUGCCAUUUUCUCCGCUGAUUUGCUUAAAUUACACCAUAACAUUCUUUACAAAAUCCAUUGAUUGUUGUCACCUGUAGAAAUUUUACAAACGAAAAAGUAAAUUAAAAUCCUUCUUUGAUUACUUAUUUGAAAGGUAAUUUUUCAUCAGGAAAAACGUAUUAUAGCAAUAUCUCAAUUUUUCUUGAAAUGAUCAAGGAAUACAAAGAACGACAAAUUUUGCUUCCUAUGUCCCUGUUAAACUCGUGUCACUAUCCAAGGACUUUGUUGUUAUACAGCUGUACACCAAGGAUCGAGAAAAGCUAUAUCAUAACUCUUUUCUCUCUGAUCUAAAAUAUUUCAAUAUUUGACACUUUUAAUUAAAAUAUGCAUACUUUAAAAAGUAUAACAUAUUACCUCGAUUACUUUGAAAAUUAUAUAUAGACAUUUUUUCAUUUCACUUUUUAAAAGCCAUUAUGACGAAGAAAGUUGCGUGGGCAAGUUUUAGUACUCUUAUAGGCUUACUAGGUUCGCGAUUUUUAGUUCAAUCAAUUUAAUUAUUUUAUUCUAAUUGAGAUGAAAUCAUAUUGAAGCAUUGACGCUGUACAGAAGCUACUCUUUGUAAGCCCUGUGUGGUGUACGAGCUUUUUGCUUUUAAAAGCAAGUUUGCAUCUUUGUGCGCAAUCUUCCUUCCUCAUGUUGGUCUUUUCUAAUUAUACGUCAAGAAAGAGAUCGUUUUUGUGUGGAGCAAUCCGACAAUAAUGUUGAUGAUGAUGAUGACGAUGCUGAUGAUUAUGAUUAGCCCUCUUACGUGAACAAUGGCAUGGUACCCUGCAUCAAAUAGAACAUGAAAUAAAUUGUUUUCAGAGUUUACAAGAACUAAUGUUAUAUUUGUAGCUCUGUAUUUGCGAACAACCUUUUACCACUUUUUUUAUAGUAAUGGUUGGCAAUAAUGGUUAUGAUGUACGUGUCUGCUUUUUACGGCGAAUAUUGUAUGGUAUUGAUGGAUGAAAUACUUUGUUGCCAUAAAUCUUGUUGUCAUGAAUAUCUUAAUGAAGGGGGAAAUUUGUACACACGGUGAUACUUGUGCCAGAAAAGCUCUUAUUCUAAACUUUUAUUCCCAAAACAAGUAAUACGACGAAUUGAAUUCACGAAUUGUUUACCGUUCGCCAAUAUUCCUUUUAGCUUGGAAUGUGAGUAUAAGAGCCAAUCUGGUCGGUCGAAACCGGAAGUUGUAGCACUCGAUGAUGAUAGUAGCAGUAGUUGAAGUAAAGUAGCACUGCCUGUUUAUACAGUGAAAAUGUCCGUGCAGUGGGAAACAAGCUACCUAGAUAAAUGAUAAUUCAGGUACUGUUUCUGACUAAACUGCUGACGGGCAAAAAAUGUAAAAACAAAAGAAAAGGUACAACAAUCACAAUCUUAUAAUUUAUGCUAGACGAUCAAUAUUAGAGCAGUUUUAUUUAUAAUUAUACUCUCUCUUUUCCAUUGCGAAAGGAGGGUAGCUGCUCAGCGUUUGCUAUGGAAAUCAUUUUUCAUUCUCAUGCAAAUAAAACUUUUUUUCACAAGAAAGGUUGUGCACCUAGCCUCAUUUUGAAAGUGAGGGUUUUUGGAACUCUGAAGUGGCCUAUUCGAUACUCCCUCAAAUAUUUCGGAAAUGUUUUCCAAACGUUCGUGAUAAAUUUCUUGUUCCUUUUUGCGGCGAAGUAAGCAAAGCAGUAAGCAGUAAGCAGUGGGAAAAAAGCUCCCUAGAUAAAUGAUAAUUCAGGUACUGUUUUUGACUAAACUGCUGACGAGCAAAAAAGGAAAAAACAAAACAAAAGGUAAAACAAUCACAAUCUUAUAAUUUAUGCUAGACGAUCAAUAUUAGAGCAGUUUUAUUUACAAUUAUACUCUCUCUUUUCCAUUGCGGAACAUUUUUCCAGUGUAAGAGCUCACAGGAUUGGUUGGGGAAAACAAAAAUAAAUAAAUACAUACAUAAAUAAAGUCAACUUUGAUACCUUAGGUUAGCCCUAAACCACUGGCCAGGAGCUGAUACAUAAAAGGGUCCAAUAAAAUUAACCAGGGGCACCCAACGACUGUUUUCUGUAAAACAUCUGUUCGGAGAAGCAAUAUUGCCUAGGACGUUCCAUUACUUGAGGACACCUGAAAAUUUCUCUGUCCAUGACUUUUCCAUUCAUGUACAAUUUUCGAAGCAUAUCUAAUAUAUAAAUUCCCUACGAUUUCCUGAAGUUUUCGGAUUGAAAAAUGCUAUGGAUUACGUCAAAGUCCAUCUAAAAUUUUCGGGAAAAUAAUAUUCGAGCCCUUGUAAUUUCGAAAAGACUAAAGUUCCCCUAGGAUGACAGAACAGAUACAAAUUUUAUAGCGCCUCUUAGAAUGCACUAAAAAAAUCUAAAAAACUAAAAGUAUACUCUGCAUAGCCUAAAAAGUGUUUUCAAUGCAUUUAGGAGGAAGCUGUCGUUGGGUGAUCCUGAUUAAAGGUCUUUUUUAAGAGCAGCGAUAAGUGUCCAGACACUUUGCCAGGUAUAAAUGUCUUUGCAAAUAAUUUAUUUCAUGCAUUCGUUGGACUGUCUCAUAUAUUUUUUUUUUCGUCACAGAAUGUAAUUUGCUUUUCAUUGGCGAGAAAGCGGAAAGUGCCUUAACUUUUAUUCCCUCAACCGGUGUUACUCCAAAGACCAUCAACCUACCUAUUAACAACUCAUGUAGCUUUCACUUUGGGGAGACACUCUAUGCAUAUUACAUUGGUUGCGACGGAGCCUGGAGGGAGAUCCCACCAAACAGUGUAAAUGAGAGUUUAGAGGUCACUCCUGGUUGGAACAAAAACCAGCUUCAAUUCAAGGUAUUAGUAUUGGUAGUCGCAUGACACUGCAGCUUUUAGUUGGGAUUAAUGAUAUAAUGCAUUGGGACAUCUUACUGUAGAUGUGGAGAGUUUUCACAUGACGUCACACCGACGCCAUAUUGGUGUAGUAAAGUAAUAAACCAAUGGCCUUGUUCUUUUUCCAAACCAAUAUUAUGGGAUUGAAAAUGUUAUUUUUAUGUUAGAACUUUCCUUUUUUUGUAUGAAUUGGCAUAGCUGCUGCUGACCACGUCAAUGAAAUCGCUCUAUACAGUUGCAACGCCAUACAACCAACUCCUUAUCAACACCUUUCAUUUAUUUCCUGUGCAAACAAUCGACAAAUCAUUUCAUUGUUCCAAAGUAUCGUUCAAGAACACGAUAACCCUGUUACCAUGAUUGAAGGGAAGUUACAUCUUUUAUAUGCAGCGGUUUGAUUGCUCAUUUUAGAAAGGCUAGUAGCCGAACACCUUAAAAGGAGCAAAUUCCAAUGCCAAAAAGGAAGUACACCUGUAGUUGUUUAAUAAAAUGGAAAAUCCACAGAAAACCUUGCACUUUUUUCAUUUGCUGUACAAUUAUAGAAAAUAUUCUAUCGUUUUAUCUUACUAGACGAGAGAUACCGCUUCAUCUUUUCUUCGCAAGAACCCGGGUCGGAUCUUCAGAGUAGCAGUGCAAUGUCGCCAACAACGUGAAAACCGUGACGUUGUCGCCAACAGCACCUGUGUUAUGUUCAAGGUUGAAGGCAGAAUACAGUGUAAGACCUUUAAUGAAUAUUCAUGAAUAUACAUGUUAUAAAUAUGGAAAAACAAUUGAAAAUUCAUAGUAAACUGAAUGGAAAGAAAAAUAAUCCCUUAAAGGGCAACAAAAUGUCUCAAAAAUGUCAGGUUGUUUAAAGAUAAACUCAUCUGCGAAUUAAUUUGAUUCGGAUCUACUUAUGCCGAUUAUUUAUAUAUUAAUUAAGUCUUUAAAAAUGCUGGCAAGAUUACCUUGUUCCUGAUACUAUUUCAAGACAGCCGAAGGUGUUUGAUAUUCAUUUUCACUAAAGUGUGCCUAUGGACAAGAAUCUUUGCAACAAUAAUCACCGUGUUAAACUGAAUAGCCAGCUUUUCUUCUACCCAGUAAUGAACCAUUACCAAAGCAAAAAGCUAGAGAUAAAGUUCCGGCAACGAAUUUUUUCUUCAUCACAGUACAAGACCUAACAGGCCAUUUGCACAAUGACGUCAAUUUACUACAUAAACUAGAAUGCUUCACUGUCUUGCUCUCUCGUGCAAACUAGAGCUUUCGUUGUCUUAAUUCUUGUUGGGAUUGCCGAACUUAAAGUGGAAGGAAAAGGGAAAUGGAUUCUGGCAGUAGGACAAAGACGCCAUCGUGCAAAUGGCCGGCUUAUUGAUACUGUAAGCUACAAAAUGAAUUCAGAGGGUGUUUUAAACUUAACUUCCUAUAAAUAUAAUUUUUAGGUCCAAUUCCUCAAAAGACUCCGUUAAACCAAUCCGCAACUUUACCACCUCCAACUGUGGAAAUAUUCAGCACCACCGACCUCCCACCUGGUCCAACAACCGCUCAGGCAGAAAAUAUAACGACAGGCACACCAGCUGUAGUCACAAAUACGUCAAGUAAUGUAUAAUGAUUAUAUAAAUGCCUUCUAUAACGGUGGGAAGAUUUUUUUGGGGGGGGGGAGGGGGGAAUGAUACUUAGCCCUUGAUGCUGUUUAAAGCAUAAAUCAGUCUCUCUUCAUUUUAAGAUAACCGACGGGAGGUGGGAAAUGGAUUCUGGCAGUAGGAAUAAGACGACCUCGUGCAAAUGGCCGGCUUUUUGAUACUGUAAGCUACAAAAUGAAUUCAGAGGGUGUUUUAAACUUAAUUUUCUAUAAAUAUACUUUUUAGGUCCAAUUCCUCAAAAGACUCCGUUAAACAAAUCAGCAACUUUACCACCUUUAACUGUGGAAAUAUCCAGCACCACAGACCUCGCACCUGGUCCAACAACCGCUCAGGCAGAGAAUAUAACGACAGGCACACCAGCUGUAGUCACAAAUACGUCAAGUAAUGUAUAAUGAUUAUAUAAAUGCCUUCUAUAAGGGUGGCAAGGUUUUUUUUUGGGGGGGGGGGGGGAAUUAUACUUAGCCAUUGAUGCUGUUUAAAGCAUAAAUCAGUCUCUCUCUUCAUUUUAAGAUAACCGACGGGGGGUGUUUAUUUUUGGUUGACCUAAUUACAACAGCUCUGCUAAAUUGUUUAGUGCUAUUUACAAAAUAAAUCGAGUGGUGUUUUUAACUUAAUUUUCUGUUAACUUAUAUACAUAUGCUUAUAUUUUAGGCCCAAUUCCAAAACAGAAUUCGUCAAACCAAUCCGUAACUUCUGGACCUGAAACUGUGAAAAUAACCAGCAUCACAGGCCUUCCACCUCGUUUAGCAUCCAAUAAGGCAAACAGCAUAAAGACAGACACACCAGCUAAAGUCACAGCUGAGGUUUGUCUUGUAUCUUGUCUUACGAGCUUCAGAAAAGGUGCAUGUUCUCAAAGUUCCCAUGAAAUUUCCCUACCUGUCUGCAGGAUAUACUUACCCCACCUAAAAAGGAUGGUGUUGAAACGAUUCAAGAAGAAGUACGGUUGAGUAAGUUAGUGGCCAUGAGCAAAGGUUACUGUCAAAAUACAGAAAUAAUCUGAGUUCCUAGCGUUAUAGCCAAUCUUCGAAGCAAAGCAAUGAAAAUUUGAGUUAAUUGUAUUGUGGGUAUAUUGGUUUAGAAAGAUAACCCAGCAUGGUGGGGUAAGUGCGUUGACUGCGAUUCCGCCAUAUCACACCAACACCACAAUAACGAAAACAUUUUUUGUAGCCGACAAAAAGUCAAUUUUUUUCUGUCGAAACAAAGUAAUUAAAUAACUAUUUGACUGAUAAAUGAAUUAAUUGAAUUAUUUGUUUGUUUUUUUUCUUUUGGUUUUUAAUGUGUUUUGUGUCUUUACAGGUUACCACUUCCAAAAUGGAGACUCCGGGAGAAGACAGAACACAGCAAGGUCAGCUUUACAGCUCCUCAACUUAUUAAUCUAUUUGCGCCUAGUUUGUAAGCUUGUCAGUAUGUCAGCCUAACGAAAAAUUCGGCCUUUAAACCAGUCUUGUCGUUAGCUUGUGCAACUGUUCGUCUGUUAUUUUAACACCCAGUCAGCUCCGUCGGCAAUCUGCCAAUUUGUUGCCUCCGUCCUUCUGACAGCCUUUCAAUCUGUCAGCCUGACCACUUGCCAGAUUGUCAGCCUGUCAGACAGCCCGCCUUUCACUUUUAUAUUCUGUCAACUUGUCAGCAUGUCAUUUUGUCAAAGACAAACUGACAUGCUUGUCAAUUUGCUUGACAUGCUUGUCGUUUUGUCAGCCUAUUGAAAUUUUAGCCGAUCACUGAGCUAGCCUGUCUGAUCGUUAGCUUGUGCGACUCUUGCCUGUCAUUUUGUCAGCCAAACAACUCUGUCAAUUUGUCAGCCUGUAUUCCUGACAAUCUUUCAAUCUGUCAGCCUGACCGCUUGCCAGAUUGUCAGACUGUCAGGCAGCCCGUCUUUCACUCUGACAGUCUGUCACCUUGUCAGCCCGUCAGUUUGUCCGCCAAUCACCUUCUCAGCCUGCCAACUUGUCAGUCUGUCAGCUCCAUAAUCUGAUGAAGGGCCAGCGCUCGAAACGUUUGCUUUUCAUUCUUUUCACAUUCCUAUUAACUCAGUUGAUAACGGUUUAAUUAAGAUUUAGUAGGCCAAUGUGCCUGCUUUGUUAUGGGUUAAUACUUUUCCAUACGAUUAAUACGCCAUCUUUCCUAAAAUGUUGUCUCCUAUGAUUAACAGGUUAAACUACUGGACCUUGCGUUGAGUAAUUCAGCUUUUGUAGUAUCCAUCAUCAUCAGUAAGACGAUCCUAGUAAACGAGCUUAUAGUGUCUUUCGACUUAGAGUCGACGCUGCUCUGCUGGCCGCUCUGGAGAACGACCGCAGCCUUGCAGAGCGACGAUGUAUCUCUGCUCAGAUUGCUGUUCUCCUGACUUUCUAUCACGGUCAAAUUACUUCCAGGCUAACGGAGCAAUUGACGAAAAACUAA